AUGAAUGCUAUUCGAGAAAUGGAUCAAACGUGUAAAGAAAGUGAUAUUAUAACGUCAUUGACUGCCCUGAAAGAGCGUAAUGCACCCAUCACAGAUUUAGAGGAAGUGAUGAAUAUAAUCCAAAAUGUUAUUCCUUUGCAUUUAUCUUUGAAGGAAGAAACAUUAAAACUUUUAUUUUGUGUUACAUCAAGAUCACCCUUCAUAAUUUCCCAAAUAGUUGCCUAUACGAACAGUAUAGAUCAAGGGCAACCAACUAGUCAAGAGCAACAAUCGUCGAAGUUCUACAGGGAUUUUAUUUUCCAAAUGUUAUCGAUUCAACCCGAUUGUUUGUAUAAUAAUAUAAUGGUGGCUGAAAAUAGUACUAUACAAGCACAAUUUAUUAAAUCAUUGUUUUUUGGAAGUAGACUGUUUAACAUGUUGUCUUCUAAUUAUAAUAUAGUUCAGUAUUUGGAAGUUAUGAAUAUACAAUGGAAAUAUAUAUGUCAGAAGGAAAUUAAUGAAACUGUACCUUCAUCGCUAAACCAUUACUUCGGUGAUUUAAUAUUGGCAGAACUUGGAUUGCAUCCAGUAUUUGCUGCAGAUUCAUUAUUUGAUAAACUAUUUUUAGCGAAUGAUGAAUGUUAUAAAUACUUCCUAGAAAUAUUUGCCAAUCGUAACAAAAUAUUGAAUACUAAAAAUAUGACUAUAAAAUAUUUGGUUCCAUAUUUAGAAUCCUUGUCAAAUCAACAAAAUUAUCAAACAAUAUACCUAAUAUUAUCGAAUUUAUCGGCUUUCAAAUUUUUUGAUUCAAUGUCUCUAAUGAACAUUAAAUCUACAAAUUUUCAAGAAAUAAUAAUUAAAAAUCUUCCCUCUGUAACUAGUUAUAGUAUAUUUAUGGCUCUAGCAUCUAAAUUUAGUAAAAUAGAUGAAACACUUGAUAAUCAAAUAGCCAUGUUACUUGUUAUGUUGUUAACAUUUUCUUUGAAUGAUGAACAAAAGGCUACUAUAUCACACAAUUCUGAAUUUCUAAAUAUUGUUACCACACGAUUAGGUCAUAUGAACUACGAAGUAAGAGAGAGAACUAUGUAUAUUUCCAAAUUGGUCUCUAAUAACGAACUUAAGUAUGAGAGUAAUUACGAGGUGACAAUUCCAAAUUUAUCAUUUGACAUGGAUCCAUUACUUCCAAUAAAUCUGAAAUUAUUGCGUUCAGAACCGAAAUCGGCUGAAUUGAUAACUAAAGAUCUUACCCAAAAUAUGGAUACUCUCUCGAUACGUAACAACGGUAUUAUUGAAAAUGAAACAGACAGCGACGAUGACGAUGAAUUUGAAAGAGAUGUUAAAGAUAUUGUAUUUUUGAAAGAUCUAGUAGGGGCAUACAUUAACAUUGGAAAGGGACAAACCUCAAACCAGGUACCUUUACUGAAAAGGACUACUCAGUUAGUACGUCAAAAGAUAUUUUUACCUUUAGAAGUCAACUAUUAUUCUCCUCAAUUGUUAUCGACUAUGACUUCGAUUAACAAUAUUCGUGAAGAAGAAAAUUUUGAACCAUGGCGGAUUAAUGCAUUAGUGUCAGUUCUAGUGGUAGUUCCCGAUCAAAUACAAGGAUUAUUUAAGAUCUUAUUUAAUAGUGAAUUGUCUAUUCAGCAACGUAUUUCAUUACUUACAAGUAUUGCUCUCAGUGCAAGAGAGUUAAGAGGUAUAGAUGAUGAACAGGUACAUAAACCCGCAUAUGAUUUUCCAACAGCAAGAUUACCGUGGGAUAAUCCACAAAAUAUGAACAAAGUGAUUGAAGAUAUGUCAAGAUUGAAUGCUAUUAAACAGUCAGAAAUUUCAGAAGGUGUCACAGUCUGGAAAUCUCAAAAAUUGAACAUUGGAAGUAAAAAGGGGUCCCAAAAUGAGAAUAGGUUCAGAAAAGUAGCCCAAAUGUUUUUCUAUCCAUUAGUAUAUGGCUGGAGGAAUGGAAUUGACCUGGGUUCCUUUGAUCAAUUGUUUAAAUCACAUUAUAUAAGUACAUUGAGGAUAGUUCAUAAUUGUGCCUUCCCUGUUCACGAUUAUGAGAUAAUGACGGAAGAACUAGAACAAAUUCUUGUAGAAGCACAAGCCCAAGGCAUUCCAAUACAAAGGUAA